AUGGAACGCGAUGAUAUUGGGAGUAGUUGUUCGACCGACGAGGAUCAGCGAAUAAGGGCAAUAGCAACCGGGGUUGUUACUGCCGCCAUCAAUGACAUACGUCCACUAUUCGAUGGGGUUCCAUUACUGCAAGCUCAGCUUGAGGAGGUUCUUCAAAGAUUAGAAGCGUUGUCUCCUAAUGGCAACAGGGUAGACGACCAACGACGUGGAGGGGCAGCUGAGAUCACUCGUGGCCCGAUGUCCUUGACCCGUAAUCCUGAAAACAUACCACAAUACCAAAACACACAAUCAUUACCUGUGAUGUCGUCAACAAACUCUCAAUUUAUUGAGUUAGAAGAUCGGGCUCCAAGGAGAACCCAAGGUGACCGAGAUUAUAAGCUUAAUGUGGAGAUGCCAACCUUCAAAGGAACACAGAACGUGGAUGAGUUUUUCUCUUGGAUCGACGAGGUUGAGACGGGGUUUGGGGUGAUGGACUACUCUGAAGAUCGAAAACUCAAAGUGGUGGCCAAUAAACUAAAAGGAUCAGCUGCAAUUUAUUGGAAGUAUUUAAAAAACAAGCGAGUGCUAGACGGAAAACCUCCGAUUGCAACGUGGGAGAAGAUGAAGAGCAAAUUCAUGGGUAAAUUCUUACCUCCUGAUUAUGAGCAACGUUUAUACGUUCAAUUACAGAAUUGUAGACUGGGGAAUCGGACUGUGGAAAAGUGCAUUGACGAGUUCAUUCGAUUAAAUUCACGAAACUUGCUACCAGAGAAUGAAAACAUGCAAAUCGCAAGGUUUAGAGGAGGUUUGAAACGGGACAUACAAGACCAAAUGAAGAUGCUUAAUACAUUCACCCUCGGACAAGCUUUCGAUUUGGCACGAAAGGCUGAAGAACCAAUCCGAGCACCAUCUGUACGACCCAGGUUUACAAACCAGCAGUAUCAAGCAGGACUAAGCAGAGUGACACCCACAACUGAACCAGCCAAUGAGAUCGUGGCUACUGAAAAUCGGCCAAGAAGAGCUGCACCACAACAAGCACCGAACCCCUAUGCUAGACCAGCGCCCUCACUAUGUUACAGAUGUCAUAAACCAGGACAUCGUUCAAAUAAAUGUCCGCAAAGACCUGCUGUCAAUUUUGUGGAAGGUGAUUAUGAAGUAGAAGGGGACGAUGACCAUGACAAAGAGGUGGUCGAUGGAAUUAAGGAUGGUGAGGAGGAUGACUACAUUGGAAUGGUGAUGCGCCAACCGUGUGAUAUUCAAGCAGAAAAAGGUGGGAAUGAAAAGUUCAAUUGCAUUGUUCAAAGGGUCUUCUUGACACCCAAAAGGGGACCCGAGAUUUCAACUCGCCAUCAAGUUUUCCAGACCAAUGCCAUUAUCAAUGGAGUGAUAGCGAGGGUAGUACUCGACAUAGGAAGUUCUGAGAACUUGGUGUCCCAAGAACUGGUUCGAAGGGUGAAACUGACCACUGAGAAACACCCACAACCCUAUGCUGAUGUAGUUAAUGAAGUGUGUAGGGUACCGUUGUCAAUUGGUAAGAAUUACCAAGAUGAAAUUGUGUGUGAUGUAGUGGAGAUGGAUGCUUGCCAGAUUCUGUUAGGAAGACCAUGGCAAUACGAUGUGGACAUUGGUUUCAAAGGAAGGGCUAAUACCUAUGAAUUCUGGUGGAAAGGGAAGCAUAUCAUUUUGAAACCACCUAUUUUAAAGAAAGAGUCACGACAAGAGGAGGGAGAAAGUUUCCUAACCAUAGCAACUAAACAUGUGGCUGAGGAGUGCAAAGCUUGUGCGUUACUAGCUCAAGAGGAGGAUACAAGAGGGGAAACAAUACCUGAAAAGAUCCUCCCUUUAGUAACUGAAUUUUCUGAUCUGGCACCUACAAAGCUACCAAUGGGUUUGCCACCAAUAAGGGACAUACAACAUCAUAUUGAUCUAAUUCCAGGAGCCAGCUUACCAAACCUAGCACACUAUAGAAUGAGCCCCCAACAACAUAAGAUACUACAGGAUCAAGUUGAGAACUUGUUGUAUAGAGGAUACAUCCAGGAGAGCAAAAGCCCAUGUGCAGUACCGGCAUUACUAGUACCCAAGAAAGAUGGCACCUGA